AUGGUAAAAAGUCCCCGCCUCACCUGGCCCAUGAUCCCAGACGACCUCGACGUCGAGCCACACAGCGACCAGCCCUCCCGCCAACGGCCUGCUGCUGCUGUCAAUAUCUGGAACGCUCCUUCACAACAAAAGAAACCCAGGCACAGACAUUCCCCAGCUGCAAUAGCCGCCCUCAAUGAGCUCUACGACAGAGACGAGCAUCCAGCCCUCGAGCUGCGCACAUCCCUGGCAAAGCGUCUAGGAAUGGAGGUCAAAACCGUCAAUGCGUGGUUUCAAAAUAAAAGAGCUUCAUCAAAGAAACAGCGCAGCCGGGGUGGAGUUCCUUCCCAGCGCACGUCGAGAGGCAAAGGCGCAAAUACCCCUCAGGACCUCCACAAAUACAACGACGAUCUUGAGGACGAGGACGAUUAUUCCCGGGCAGAUAGUCCUUAUUCGCUUAAUAACAGUUCUGUAUCUAUAGCUGGUUCAGACAACCCCUCUCAGACGGUAUCCCCUACCUUUUACGCAGGAAACCCCGACCACACUCAUUUCCUCGUCGAACCCACCGAUAUGCCUCGCAAAAUGCGCAAUAGGCCCACUGCAGAGCAGACAGAAGAGCUUCGCAAGCUGUACAAUCAAAACCCACACCCUUCAACGGAGCAAAGGCAAAUGCUAGCAGAACGUAUCAACAUGCGAUACCAAAGCAUCACGAAUUGGUUCCAAAACCAGCGCAGCCUUGCUAAAAAGCGGAGGGAAGACGACGGUGAUGUCUCUACAGAUUCUCCGUCUAAUAGCCGGGAAUGGCCAGAGCCAAAUAGGACUUUUGCCGCUUUUCCGCCCCCUUCUAGCCAUCCUUCGCUCCAUUUACCUCCUCCUUCCACACACCCUUCUCUCGGCCUCCCAUCGGCCUCUGCCCCUCCAUCUCGGCGCUCUGUCAGCGUAACACCCUCUAUCAUUGGUGACGAGCCUUCACCUUCGAAGAGAUCUAGACGGAGCGGUACCCCAUAUAGUAGUACUGCUCCUUCAUCACGACCGAGACGGACCCGGCCCGAGCCUUAUCAGCUCCAUGCGUUAAAGGAACUGUCGGCAAAAACAAUCAAUCCAUCCAUUGAAGCACGCACGGCGCUUGCGCUUGAAAUAGGAAUGGAUCUUGGUAAAGUCACGAACUGGUUUCGCAACCUUCGACAGACGGCUAGGAAGCGUGCGUCGAAGAAGAUGGGCAGCGGCGAUGAUGAUUAUGAGGACAACGAUACAGAGGGUUAUAUUGCCCUCAGUCUUCCGUCGGCUUCUGUCUCCCGCGCGAACUCGCCAUUCGUUACUUCAUCAUCAUCGUCUAGUCACGAUGUAGAUGACUCUAUGGAUGUCGACCAUCACCACCGGUCUGAACCCCGCCGAAGACGAGUCAUCCGUGCACUCAGCGAGUUUGAUAUGGAGACCCCCAGCCAGCAAGCAUCUGAUGAUGGUGCAAGCGACGAGGACUUUGAAGAGGCGGUCACGCCGUCUCCUGACCCAUCUCCCUCCCCUCCAUCACCCACAGACAUCCCCAUGCCAAUGCCAAUUUCCAUGCCGAUGCAGCUUCCUUCCCCACCCAACCACGGUCACACGCAUGCUCAUGUCGAUUUGAGGAUGGUUCUUGACCAAACAUACCCCAGCGAGAUGGACAACAAGUCCGCACACUCCUCGAAUGUGACGAUUGAAGACGCUCUUCUGUUAUUGAGCUUCCAUCAACGCGCUGUGCAUUAA